GAAUCAUUGGACUGGAGCCUUUUUGGUGGAAAAGCAAAGAUUGUGAAGAAGAUCAUGGAGAAAAGAACUUGACACAUCAUAAAGCUUUUGAGGCUAAAGAAAAAGAAGAGAGGAAUAGAAAAGUAUGUUCGGACUUGGCUCACUUUCGAAGGGCUAGACGCUGUUUCUGAGCAAUGGAUUUGAGGAGCAAGGCGGAGGCUAUCAAGAUUAAAUUUGGAGAUACUCUCAAGCGUAUGAAAGUACCUUACUCCUAUAUGGGCAUGACUGAUUUGAGGAGAACGAUCCGUGAUUUAUUUAAAUUCCCUGCUGAUGCUGACUUUAUCUUGACAUAUGUUGACGAAGAUGGUGAUGUGGUAACACUUUUUGAUAGUGAUGAUCUGUCUGCCGCGGUUAAUCAGAGCUUGAAAACCGUGAAGAUCAAUGUGCAACUGAGCAACAACAAUGCUCAAUCUGGUGGAAGCACUAUUUCUAUCCAACGUCUUACUUCUCUUCAAACCCAGCAUCCAUAUCCGAAGAUCGAAACCGGUGUUGUUGCUAAGGUUUCAAAAUCAGUGCUGCAACAGCUCCGGGAAGCACUUCUGCUACAUGAAGCACUUUCAAAGAUUUCGGAGGAUAUAAUUUCUAAAGCUGUCUCUGAUCCAGUUCUUGUUGAUUUAAUAUCAAAGACCGCACAGACCUACCUCAAAUAUCUGGAUUCACAAACUCAUUCUGGAACGGAUUCAACUACGCCGAAUGUUGAUAAUGACGAGGGGGACGAAGCUGGGUGCCAAUGAACCGUGCAAGAGUUUGGUUUUACGCUGACAGAAAACAACAGAUCAAGUAAUGAAUAUCAAGCUUCGUACGUGCUGUAAUAGAUCUCACAGUGGGAAGAAGAAUUAAGUUGAAGGCCCUUGGGCCUUUAGCAUAUGGUAUAUUACUAUUACUAUUAUAAGUUAAUGCACUAUAAAUAUAUACAUAUAUAUAUAUAUAUAUAUAAACUUGGUGUUUGUAAUGGAAUGAUUCGCUUUUUCUCAAGGGAAACUUGAUAGAACAACAUGCCAUGAUGACAUAUAUGUGUGUGUGUGAUGUAUUUUAUUGUUGAUACUAUGGUGAUUUUAUGCUAUUGUGCCUUAGUUUUCACAUUAACAA